AUGUCAGUUAAUGAUGCUGAUGAUGAAGAUGCUCGACAACCGCUGUCGAGAGCGAAUGGCCUCGUCCUGGUUAUGAACACUCCUAAAGGUCGAGGAGUUUUCGCAACCCAAGACAUAUCCAGGUCCACCGUCAUAGAUGUAUCUCCGGUUCUAGUUUUCAGUCAAGAGGAAGUUGAAAAGCACACCCAACAUACAUGCUUACAACACUACACUUACUACUGGCCUUCCAAAUCUGGCAAGACAACUACCCAAGCCCUGGCUCUCGGACUCGGCUCCAUGUUUAACCAUUCCACCCGGGCUCAGAAUGUCGGUUGGAAGCGCAAUUUUGAGACCGAGGUGAUUGUUUACACGGCCCUUCGAGACAUCAAGGCCGGAGAAGAGUUGUGUAUAUCUUAUGGUCACGCUAGGUUAUGGUUCGAGGAUGCCGACGCCAACAACAACGACGACGACGAAACCGAUUCGAACGACGACAAAGAUUUGGCGGAGAUCGAACUAAGUGGGCUGGGAAGGAUGGAACUAUAG